AUGGAGGCUGUACUACACCAACAAAAACUGCUCUUGGUCUACAUCUCGCGCAUGUGGGCCAACCUCUUAAAGUUCGGACAAGCAAGGAUUACGCCCACUGAGAUCCGCAAUCGCCUUUCUUUACUCGAUGAUUACUGGAAGCGUUUUCAGAACAAUCACUUUAAAUUGGCGGGAGUGGAAGGUUUGGUGGCGACGGAAUAUGCUAAAACUGACUUCUUUACAACGACGGAAGAGACCUUUUUCCAGAUGCGAGCAAAACUCCAGAAUGCCCUAAUGGAACAUGAGAGCAACGCCAGAGAUGCUGAGCUUCCGAGGGUUGGCCUACCAAAGUUUUUAGGAGACCAGCUCGCUUGGGAAGGUUUCCGAGAUUUAUUUCGUUCGUUGGUUCAUGAUGUGGAUCUUUCAGACGUACAAAAACUCCAAUACUUGAAGAGUUGCCUCUCGGGAGAGGCGGCAGACGUGCUAACCAACGUUCCGAUCUCCGAGGCAGCUUACCAGGGCGCGUGGGCGGAUUUGAUGAAGACCUACGAUAAUCCGCGCGUGCUGCUCUUUUCGCACAUGCGAAACUUGCUGAAGUGCACGCCUAUAACAAAGCCUCUGCCGACGGAGCUCAAAAGACUGCUGGGGUUCAUGACUACUUCCAUCAGGGCGUUCUUUUCGUUAGGGCGACCGGUCGAGCACUGGGACGACUGGUUUGUCCACCUGCUCGUUGGAAAGUUGGACUUUGUCACACGCCUUUUGUGGGAGACGUCGCUUAAGGACUCUCGCGCGUUUCCGACCUUUAAGGAGCUCCGGGCUUUCUUGGAGAAUCGGAUCCGAGCUUUGGAGGCGGCUGAUCUGGAAGCGCUGCCGCCUUGUCCGGCCUCCGUUCCCAAGGCUGCAAAGAAGUCGCCGGUUUUGUCGCACGCGACCGGAACCGGAAGGACAACAAGAGGAAAAUGCGCGCUGUGUGCUGGAGCGCAUACUGUAACGGACCGUAUUUCCCACGCGGGCUUAGUCUGCUAG